AUGAGCCUGCGGAACAAGCAUGCUGCCAGUGCAGACGCCAUGUUUCCGUCAGAUCAUAAGGCGGCUGCGGCCAUGAGCAUGCCAGCCCCGUCAUCUUUUUUCACGAAGCUCGGUCAAGUCGUUGCCGCCAGUGCCAUGGGUCUCUUCUUUGGCUGGGCCAUGGAAAAGGGCAAAGUGACAGAGCCCAUGGUCAUUCGUGAUCAGAUGGGCAUGACCCGCUUCACCAUGAUGAAGAUGUUCCUCUCCGCCGUCGUUGCCGCAAGAGUUGUCCUCGAGCGCAUGCUGGCUCAAGCAAAAGCUGCUCGAACAACCGCCAUUCACGUUGUGCGUGGGACGAUCAACCACACCCGCAGCGGCGACGAGGUUGUCUUUGUGGACGAGAAACUCGGAUCAAGCUAUGCCAAGGUGGCAGUUGGAUUCUCCAUCAUGCUUGCCACCAUGAUUGGCCUCCUCGAGUACUUGCUUCCAUGGACGAGCGAGGUGCCUCGGGAUUUUGCCCGCCCCGUCGGUGACUAUUUGGCGUGGCACGCCUGGUCGCCCAUUGUUUCGGGAGCCAUCGUGGGCUCCAUGCAAAUUCCUGCUAUCCUGUUUAUCGGUGACACACUGGGCUCCUCGACCUCUUAUAUGACGCUCUGCGCGCAAACCUCGGGCCUGCCAUUUAUCAAGCAGACGUGUGGACACCUGUGCAAGUUCAAGUCGGGCAUGGGCAACUGGUGGCAGGUCUUUUACAUUGCCAUGGCAGCCUUGGCAGCUUCCGUUUCAGCGCGGAUGGGCGCCACGGAAGGAGCAGUCAUUCCUGGGGCUGCGCCAGGGGCUGCCGUUUUCGGUGGCAUCCUGAUGCUUGUGGGUUCCCGUUUGGCCGGUGGCUGCACGUCGGGCCACGGCCUCUCGGGGAUGGGCCUCAUGUGCAUCAACUCCUUUGUCGCCGUAGCCGCCAUGUUUGGUGGUGGUAUGGUGGCCCAACAAAUCCUCGUAGCCACGCAUCUGGGCUGA